UCUGAAUACAGUCGACCAAAUGUGUUGUUUAAUAUAUCUUUUUGGGUUAUUAAUUUUCAGGAAAGAUGUCCACUGAAGUAGCAUAGUAAAGAAAGUUACUGUAAUGGAUCAAAUCUCUCAGUUACCUGACCCUAUUUUGCAGCACAUAUUAUUCUUCCUACCUGCAAAAGAUGCAGCUCAAAUUAGUGUCCUCUCCAAGACAUGGCUGAAAGUCUGGAAUUUGCUUCCUGUAUUUACAUUUGAUUUUCAUAACGACCUUUCCUUAUGGAAACUCUUGUCUACAGAAAAAGAGGAAUCGGAACAAGCUGAUAUAAGAGAUGCUUUCCUAAGUAUUAUUGAUGGCUCAUUGAUAAACCUCCGUAUCCAAAAAGCAAAGAUAGAGAAAUUCAGGAUUUCUCUUAAACUUUCAUAUCUAAAAAACGCCUCUUGUAUUGACGAAUGGAUAAGAUUGGCCACCAAUAACUGCAUCAAAGAAUUAGAUGUUCAUAUUACGCGCCAUUAUGAAGAAGAUUGGUACAGUUUGCCAGGCACAACAUUUACAGCUAAAUCACUGAUGGCUCUGAGAUUGGGCGGUUUUAAGCUAGAGUGGCCUCUAAUUGUUGAUCAUAUAAAUCUUACUAAGUUGAGGGAGCUAUCUCUGACUGAUGCCUUUUUGGAGGAACGGAUAAUCUUGGAAGUUUGUUCUGGUUGUCCAGCGAUAGAGGAUUUAAGUCUCAUCAGGUGUCAGGGAGUAAAAGAUCUAUUGAUAUCUGAUCUCCCCAAACUUGUGAAGCUUACCUUACAUCAAGCGAAUGAAAUAACUUGGGAAUAUAGAAGUAUCCGCAUUCAAGCUGUUAAACUUCAAAGUCUAUAUUAUAGAGGAUGUAACAGCGAGUUAAAGUUUGACGUGACUACUUUCAAGCUUCUGAAAGAACUGAGUAUAACAUUUGAGCAGAUUACUGACCUAAUGGUAGAAAAUCUUGUUUCUGAACUACCCCUUCUUGAGAAAUUAGAAUUGAACUUCUGUUUCAAGUUGAGGAGGCUUAAAUUUUCGAGUUGUAUACUUAGACAGUUCACAUUCCGUUCUGGCAAGAGUCUGGUGGAACUUUGCAUAGACACCCCAAACCUGCUCCAUUUUGAAUAUGGAGCUCGUAAAUUGCCUGUCAUAUUCUCUAUGACAACAUCUUCCCUGCAGGAAUCUUGUGUCAACUUAAUGCCCAUCGAUCAUCUAGGCACGAGUUGGUUUCAAAAUUUGAAGGAAGAUCUAACUAGAUUCGAACAAUUGAAUUUACUGAUUCUGUCUAUAGAUUCAACGACUGUAAGUCUGAACACCAUUUUCACUUUAUUUGGUUAAAUUUAUAUUUUGUGACAUUUGAUUAUUCUUUUCAUUCAUUUUUGUUGAUAAUCAAGAAUACAUUCAUCGUGGAAGAGCUGAAUGGAACAUCGUCCUGCCCGCUAUCUGUUGUUAAGCAUGUGAAGAUACAGCAAGUUAUGGAGUCUCUAAAUUUUGAAACUCUGUUAGAUGGUCUGCUUUGGACUUGUCAUCCAGAGACUCUGUCAGUUGUCAGAAUCUGGGAGCCCAAUGAAAAUUUUAUACAGUUCUUGAUGGAGAAACUAAUGGAAAGAGAGACUGUUCCUGUCUGCUGUGAAUCAAGACGUCUCAAAUGUUGGAGACAUUAUCUUAAAGAAAUUGAAGUUGAGAGCUCAACUAGACGAUAUGGGGAUCCUUCUUCAUCAAGUCAAGUUUCAACCAUUUGUUUCAAACUGACAUGGUAGAGUGCUGACAUUAGAAGCUCGCUGGUCUUAGACUGAAAAUUAAUCUUGCCUGUCUUGAUUUGCUUAUUUUCACAUGGAUCCGCUUCAUCGCUACUGCAGUCUCAAAGUUGGAAAAGGUGGAUUAUGGUUUAUUGACAACCUUAAUUUAUUUUCUCUUUUUGCCUUUUAAUUUUCAUCCAGUUAUUCCCAUGAUUAAAAAAGACAAACUGGAUAGACAGUAACUGGUUCUGUUUUGUGUUUGGUCUCUAUUCGUUCACCAUACAAAAGCUCUUGUUUUAAGGAACUUGCUUUA